CGCGCGCCCGGGUUCGAGGCCGCCCUGCCUGCCGCCGCCGCGCUCGCGGGCUCCGCGGGCUCCGCGCCGGCGCGCGCACCUCGAACAGGAAGCAGAGGAGACGUCUGCUCUGCAUUCGCUGUAAGGCCAAAGAACACAGCAUUUGUAAGGCGGGCUGCUGCGUCCAUACUGAGCCCAGGGAGGCGUGGGAAGUUUAGAGCUGAAUUCUUUCUUCUCCUUCCGGGAGCCUUGGGAACGCUCACUUCCCCUUUCUCUGGGGGGAAAAAAGAAAACCAAACGACCCAGGCAGCAUAAGCAUGCGGCCCACCCUCGCGUGCUGGAAGCCAGGGCCGCUGCUGCUCGCGCUCCUGGCCAUGGAGGUGAACAAAUCCUGGCAGACAGAAGAAAAAACCUGCGACUUAGUUGGCGAAAAAGAGAAAGAAUCCCAGAAGGAGCUGGCCUUGCUCAAGAGACUGGACCCGCUGUUCAAUAAAAGCUUCGAGAGCACGGUAGGCCAGGGCGCAGACUCAUACCUCUACAUCUUCCGCGUGUGCCGCGAAGCCAGCAACCAAACCUCGGGAGCCGGCCUGGUGCAGAUCAACAAAAGCACCGGCAAGGAGACGGUGGUGGGCAGGCUCAACGAGACACAGAUCUUCAACGGAAGCAACUGGAUCAUGCUGAUUUACAAGGGCGGGGACGAGUACGACAACCACUGCGGCCGGGAGCAGCGCAGGGCCGUCGUCAUGAUCUCCUGCAGCCGCCACACGCUCGCGGACAAUUUCACCCCGGUGUCUGAGGAGCGGGGCAAGGUGCAAGAUUGCUUCUACCUCUUCGAGAUGGACAGCAGGCUGGCGUGCGCCCCCGAGGCCUCCCGCCUCAGCGUGGGCUCCAUCCUGCUGCUCACGUUCGCGUCCCUGGCGGCCGUCUACGUCACCGGGGGGUUCCUGUACCGCCGCCUGGUGGUGGGCGCCAAGGGCAUGGAGCAGCUCCCGCACCUGGCCUUCUGGCAGGACCUGGGCAACCUGGUCGCGGACGGCUGCGACUUCGUGUGCCGCUCCAAGCCCCGCCACGCGCCCGCCGCCUACCGCGGCGUGGGCGACGACCAGCUCGGGGAGGAGCCGGAGGAGCGCGACGACCACCUGCUGCCCAUGUGAGCGCGGGGACCCGCGGGAGGAGCGGACGGCGCCUGCUGCCCGUGUGAGCGCGGGACGGCGCGGGGAGGAGCCGGAGGAGCGGACGGCGCCUGCUGCCCGUGAGCGCCGCCUGCUGGGCGUCUCCGCCUCCCCGCGUCCCCCCCGCAGAGGCGCGGCGCUGCCGGCACCGAGCGGACCCGGCCUGGCGACGCCUGGCAGCCGCGCGGCCCCCGACACCCAGCGCGCGCGGGCGGGCCGAGGCGCGGGGCUUCUCUCCCUCCGCCAAAAAGCAGCAGCUCUGGCAGCGUUUACCCGGAUCGACGACGACUUCGCUCAGCUCCCGCGGCUGCGGCUGCUGCUGCUGCUGCUGCUGCUGCCCUGAGCCGGGCGGAGGCUCGCGUCCCGCCCCGCGCCCCGCCCCGCCCCCGCGCCCCGCACCGCCCCGCGCGCGGCGGGACCUGGGAGGAGGGCCUUCGUUUCUCAGCUUCUCCCAGGCCUGUGGUUUCACCCCCCCACCCCGGCGCCCUGGAAACGUCUGGAAAGGGAGUGGGGGCAGGAGAGGCCGCGCCCCCCGCAGGCUCAGGGAAGCCGCGCUGCCGGCGGGCGGCGGCGCUGGGGCGGGCAGGAUGGGGGCGCGGGUUUGUUCCUUUCUACACAAACAAUGUUAUUUUAAAAAACCGAAA